CCUGUGUUGAGAGGAACCCCCUUGCUGCUUCAGCACAUGCAGAACACAAAUGGCUGUAUCACUGAUAUGCGGUAACACCCAAAGCAGAGUGAGCUCAGUGCUGAACAGAGAUGUAAAACAGUUCGGGAAGAAGUUUAUGUUUGAUGCCAAUGAAGAGACUUGCUGGAAUUCAGACCAGGGCGACUCGCAGUGGGUGCUUCUGGAAUUCCCUCAGGAUGUGCGCGUGAAUGAAGUAAAGCUGCAGUUCCAGGGUGGAUUUUCGGGGAGAACGUGUAAACUACACGGUGCCUUACAGGAGAAUGAUUUUACACACGUCACAGACUUUUACCCUGAGGAUGACAACUCGUUACAAAGCUUUCCCAUUCAGGAGGGACCCCCGGUGCGCAGGAUAAAAAUAGUCUUCGAAAACAGCGCCGACUUUUUUGGAAGAAUAAUUGUUUACUCUUUGGAUAUCUUGGGAGAGAGAAUGCAGUGACGACAGAUCUGUGCUAUAUUCAUAAUAAUGUUGCUUUAUUAUGUUAUUAUUCUUUUUUUUUA